CCACGCGCUGCGCCAGUCAUCCUCACCCAUGCCCCUGUCAUCCUGUUAUCGCUGACCCUGGGGGCAGCAGUAAUGGGGGAGGGGCUGGCCCUAUUUUACAUACGAGGAAACCGAGGCUCAGAGUUGUGAGGGCCCUUGUCCAAGGUCACAUGGCUGCUGAGUAGCAAGCCCCGGAUGGAACCCGGACGUUUGCCCUCCCUUUCCUAGACUGCCAGCCUGUCCCCUUGCUUCUGGGGGUCUCAGCCUCUGUGGAUUCGGGUUGCUGCGUUUGGCUGUGGACACCAGAGGCCCCUUGGACUUCAGCCUCUCUGUGCCAUGGACUAUGCUGUGUGGCUUUGGGCAAACCAUGGCUCUCUCUGUGCCUCAUUUUCCCCAUUGGGGAGAUGGAUGCUUUGGAUUGAAAGAUUUUAGAGAGCUUCUGACCUGAGUCUGUGUAGCUUUGGGCAAAUCCUCUCCUACUCCAUGCCUCAGUUUCCCCAGCUCUAUAAAGAAAACACUGGUCUCUCUCACCAGAGUGACUGCGUUUUCCUCCUCUCUCAAAUGUGGUUUCUUCAUCUGGGGGUGGGAUUCUUGCCUUCUUCCUUGUAGGAUGACCUUGGGGGUCAAAUCAGACAGGAAACUGUGUGUACCCCAAGCAGAGGUGGAGCUUUGGGGCACGGGUGCUGGGUGAGCUUGCACCCUGCCGUGUGUCUGUCCUGCACGGCUCAGUCAUACCCUUUCACUGCACACGUCCAUCUAGAAGGGACCCCUCUGGCCCAGCACCAGUCACCAGAGCCAGGUCUGGUGCUCCCCUGGCCUCCAGCAGGUCCUUCGAGCUUUCCCAGCCCCGCUUGCUCCUGGCCUCAACCUCUCUGUCUAUAAAGCUGGGUGAAGAUAUGCUCAGACAUCAAGUGUGUUCAAGCUGGGACUGUGAUGUGAGGCCAGGGUCCUUUCUGUCUCUGGGCCAGGGUGGGGUCGCUGUACAUCUUCUCAGGGUCGAGGCAGGGGCCAAGGACCACACCAGCUGGCUCAUUUGAUACCCACCUUGCCAAUCCCCAAACCUUGCAUGGAGAUGAGCUGGAAAGCCACUGAGCCUCAUGGUACCCACAGGGAGGCACCUUCCCUGGGACCAGGACCUGGCUUGGCUGUGUGACCGUGCACAGAGCCCUUCGCUUCUCCAGCCUCAGUAUUUCCAUCUGUACAGGGGGUGUGGGAAGGGCUGGACCCUACCUCCCAGGCCCUGUCCCCCACCUUCCCUCAAACCUCCAGCCUUUGCCCUGUCCCCUUUGGUUGCUUUGGAUGUGAGGCCUCUGGCUGCCCCCUGGCCCCGUUCCCAGUGUCCCCAGCACUGCCUGGCUCUCGCUCUCUCCCUCGGCCCCCUGCCACGGCCUCUCACCACCCCCAUCUCUGCCUCUUCUCUCCUGUCGGGCUCUCGCUUGCUCCUCCCUCCUCUGUCUCUGGACCCCUGCUCCAGCCAGACCUGGUUCACAUUCAGAUGGCUGCAAAGAGAGGGGGACUGGUGGCUGGCACACUCGCUGAGCACGGGACAGACCGGUUACAUCCCCAGCAACUAUGUGGCACCCUCCGACUCCAUCCAGGCUGAGGAGUGGUACUUUGGCAAGAUCACCCGACGGGAGUCAGAGCGGUUACUGCUCAACGCCGAGAACCCGAGAGGGACCUUCCUUGUGAGGGAGAGUGAGACCACAAAAGGUGCCUACUGCCUCUCUGUGUCCGACUUCGACAACGCCAAGGGCCUCAACGUGAAGCACUACAAGAUCCGCAAGCUGGACAGCGGCGGUUUCUACAUCACUUCCCGCACCCAGUUCAACAGCCUGCAGCAGCUGGUGGCUUACUACUCCAAACACGCUGAUGGCCUGUGCCACCGCCUCACUACUGUGUGCCCCACAUCCAAGCCUCAGACCCAGGGCCUGGCCAAGGAUGCCUGGGAGAUCCCCCGGGAGUCCCUGCGUCUGGAGGUCAAGUUGGGCCAGGGCUGCUUUGGAGAGGUGUGGAUGGGAACCUGGAACGGCACCACGAGGGUUGCCAUCAAAACCCUGAAGCCAGGCACCAUGUCUCCCGAGGCCUUCCUGCAGGAGGCCCAAGUCAUGAAGAAACUGAGGCAUGAGAAACUGGUGCAGCUGUAUGCCGUGGUGUCGGAGGAACCUAUCUACAUUGUGACAGAGUACAUGAGCAAGGGGAGUCUGCUGGACUUUCUCAAGGGGGAAACGGGCAAAUACCUGCGGCUACCCCAGCUGGUGGACAUGGCUGCUCAGAUCGCCUCAGGUAUGGCCUACGUGGAGCGGAUGAACUAUGUGCACCGAGACCUCCGAGCCGCCAACAUCCUGGUCGGGGAGAAUCUGGUGUGUAAGGUGGCUGACUUUGGUCUGGCCCGGCUCAUAGAAGACAACGAAUACACAGCCCGGCAAGGUGCCAAAUUCCCCAUCAAGUGGACUGCCCCUGAAGCUGCUCUCUAUGGCAGAUUCACCAUCAAGUCAGAUGUGUGGUCCUUUGGGAUCCUGCUGACCGAGCUCACCACGAAGGGACGGGUGCCCUACCCUGGGAUGGUGAACCGUGAAGUGCUGGACCAGGUGGAGCGGGGCUACCGGAUGCCUUGUCCCCCCGAGUGCCCCGAGUCCCUGCAUGACCUCAUGUGCCAGUGCUGGCGGAAGGAGCCUGAGGAGCGGCCCACCUUCGAGUACCUACAGGCCUUCCUGGAGGACUACUUCACGUCCACCGAGCCUCAGUACCAGCCUGGGGAGAACCUAUAGGAACUGUGUGCACAGGACUGUCGCCCCUAGGCUUCUGGGUGUGGCCUCUGAUGCACCUGCCUCCCUUCACCCUCUCCCUGGGGCUGGGUUGCCUCAGGAACGGGGCAGCCUGGAAGGACAGGUUGAGGCUGGUACAGUGACUGCCCCACAGCCUGGCCUGGCCACAGGCCCACUCUGCAUUCUCUCUGGAGUCAGUCUACUUCUCGUAGAAGACAAUGGGUGAAGAGCAGGGGUUGGGAGGGAGAGGGCGGUUUUCCAACCUCAGCCCACUCCACUCACCUGGCUUCUCCCCACAUUCUUCACCCUGGGUCUGUUUCAAGCUGGCCAAAGAGCCUUUCCAAAGAGGAAUGAGGCCCAGCCCUUGGCCUAGAUCUACUUCCUGCCCCUGGCCAUCCUUGUUGGAGGCUUCUGGGUGGAAUUUUGGGUCUGGAACCAUCUUCCAUGGCUCUCAGGCUAGACAGCCCAAGGCCCAACACACGUUGGGAUAAGAGUCUGAGUGAGCGCUCCUUCAGCCCUGUCCUCCACAUGGGACCCUUGACGAUCACCAACACAUUGUCCUCAUUUCUCUGUUGGAAAAUGAAAUCCAGAGGGGCUGUGACUUGCCCAAGACCACGGGCAGUUCAGGGUUGAGGUGGGUUAGCACCUGGUGCUCCCUCUGUCUUCCUCAGGAACCAAUGAGAACUGUCCUUAAAGGCAAUGGACAGGCUGGGGCCUGAGACUGGUUUGCCGGUGGCAGAAUUCUGCCACUGACGCUCAUGGGUCUGUCGUGGGGGAAGAAUGGAGGCAAGCAUAACGCUGAGCCAGGAAUGAGGGGUGCAAAGUGAUGGUGUGGACCAGGGUCAGUCACAAUGUGGGUGGGCUUUGACCUUAAGCACCAGCCAUGAAAUGGAGUGAGCUCCCAGGCUGCAGAGGCAAUCAAGCGGAAGAGCUAAGAAGUUGGGAGCCCCAGUUGUCCUCCUUUUGUCCCGAUCAUUUCAACACCUGGCCCCUGCUCUCCGCCCAGCCCAUGCUGGUACCUCAGCUCAUGGGGAGGGAGGGAGCUCCUUGGCCAGGGAAAGGUGGGUGGGGACCCUCACUGCUGUGUCCCCACACUGGCCCUGCCCUCUCUCUGAGCUACAGUCUCUGCCGCUGUGGCUGUGGCCCAUGCCAUCGUUCAGCCCUGUACAGAUCACAGCUGGGAGUCCAAGGGGCCCACAGCCCCCGGACAGCAGUCAACUGACUGCUUGGUCCCUGACUCUUCUGCCCAGCCCUGGGGUAUGUGGUGGCUUCUCUCUGCCUCACUGUCCGCAUCUGUAAGGUGGGUAGUUGAUGGUCUGUGGCAUCUCAACUGAGGGCCCCUGUGUGUGUAUGUGUGUGUACAUGUGCCUGUGUGUCUUUCCUUGUGUCCAUAUUUAACAUGUAAAAACACCCCUACUCUCUCCCCAGACAUGACCAUUUCACCCACUGCCCCAUCACAGCAAUAAUGUCCCCACUGCUGGGGCUUCGAGCCAGCCAGGCCCUGCUUGCAGGGAAGGAGGCCAAGCUUGGCCUGCUCUGACAUUUCCACUUCCCUCCCAUCGUCUCUUGCCCAAGUUUUCCCAUCUACCUGGCAAGUCUGAGCUUGCCACCCCAUUCUCCCCACCCCACUCCAGCUACCCAAGGACCUUUGUAUACGGUGGCCUCAACUGUCCUGUUUUCUUUUCUUUUUUUUAACAGUGUUUUGUAGAUUUCAGAUGACUAUGCAGAGGCCUUGGGGACCCUCCAGCUCUGGGCAGGACCUGGGGAUCCCACAUUCCAUGGCCCAGGUUUAGAAGGAGGGGAACCCAGAACUGGUUGUACAUACUUUGCAUACUGUCUGAUUAAACACAAACAGACCUCA